GCAACGCAUGGAUUUAAAGAAAUUAGAAAAAAUGUGAAAAUAGCAGGGAAUUAAUAAUUUAAUAUUAGUUAAGUCUUAAACUAGCUUUAUUUGAUUAUUAAAAUAAAUCUUAUUUAAGGUAAAUCUGAUUAUAUAAGGUCAUAAAGAAUGUCAAGUCAAGAGGUUGAUGUAACACCAGACGAUUUGGACAACCAAUCCACAGACGAUGAGGCUGAAAUUGAAAUAGAUCUCAGAACGGAUCCUCGUGCACAAUGGAUCAAGGAGCGUAUCCUCGCUUACACGGCCACAGAUGAUGAGGACCUGUUCUACGACAUGUUCGAAGAUCCAGCUAUGAAGCAAUGUUUGGCAAAGUUCAUCGCAGCGCCUCUUAGGCCUAAUGAUUUGUCGUUGAACAAACGAACGUUCUACGUCAAUAAAAUUAUCGUUGAUAAACUUAUUCAUGAGGACAAAGAAUAUACUGAAUGGCGAAUUGUACCUCCUCCGGUAGUAGUGGUGCCGCAGAAGAAAGGGAAGAAGAAAAAGGGCAAAAAGGAUGCUGAGCCGGAACCGGAGGCUGAACAGGAUGACCAGAAAGCUAAGGGCAAAGGUGCGAAAGGCGCGAAGGGCGGAAAAGGCGCUAAAGGUGCAAAAAACGUCAAAGACUCCGAACCGGAAGAAGACGAAGACGUAGAAACCGUAGCAGCAGCGGUGACUGAUGUAUCUGAUGUAGACGAGGCAAAGAAAAGCUCAAUAAACCUGGUAACAGAGGAACCGCCACCAGCAGCCGCUGAAGACCACUAUUUUCCACCACCUCCUGAAGAUCUGGAUCCAGAUGUAGACGGAACUUUGGAAUUUUACACCGUGAUUAGAUCAGUCCCUCGGAUAAUCCAAUAUCCAAAACUGGUACCAAUUUUUGGUGCAUUAACACCUCUAAAUACGCAUCGGAACCGUCGCUACCUCUAUUUUACAAGGCAGACUCAGGAUGAAAUCCCUCUGGAUGACACACCCAAAGUAACGAAACUAAAAAUGCCAAAGUAUAUACUCGUGGGAUGCAUUUCUGGGAAGGUGCUGAUGAGCUUGGGGUCGCAGCUGAAAGAGACGUUCGUCCCACUGUUUGAGAAACAAUUCCGUGAGAUCACGGCUACGAUGCCAGUGGAACAAUCGGCGACAGUUAUCUCAAGACAAGUCUCGUAUGCCGGACAACAUCAUCAGACCGAUGACUCGCUCUCAGAAAUAAACUAUCUUCGUCCGUCAGACUAUCGAUGGAUGUCUAAUGUAGCUAGAGGAGAAAACGCGGAACGAAGGAUUAAGAAUAUGCGUACUGAAACAAUCGUUCCUCAACCGCCAUCAAAAGUUUCAAGACCAAGUUCUCCGACGUUAUCACCGGUAAUUGCUUCCGAAACAGAUGUAACUAUCUUGGAGGAAAAGAAACCAGCAGCGCAUGAAGUCAUAGAGGACAUAAAAAAUCUUGUUGGAAUAGUUCAAUGGACGAUACAGCAUAUGGAGGGUGAAAUUCAACUCCCAAUGCCGAAUAUACCAGCGCUUUUGGAAGAGCAAGAGGAGGACCACGUGCAGUUUAUAGACGCUGCGCUUACUGCACAGCUGGAAGAGGCAGUCGUUAUGUGGCAGACGCAUAUUGACGCUACAAUAUCUGCUUGUUUGAGCAAAACUCGAGAAGGCAAUGGUCCCGUUGCAGAAUACAAGUACUGGCGUGAAAGGGACGCUGAAAUAUCGCUGCUUGUUGAACAGUUAAAGCAACCGAUGGUAGUAAAAAUUCUGUCUUUGCUUGAGAAAUGUUCUUCAAAUUACUUAUUGGGCUUUCAACACUACAAAGAUAGACUUAUGGAACAAUACAAUUUGGCUGGAGAUAAUCUAAAAUUUUUGUCGACCCUGAUGCGUUUCUUUACCGUACUAGAAGAUGAAUCACCUCUUCAACAAGUAAUAGACAUGUUGCCGGAAUUAGUUGAGAGUAUUUACAUGAUGUGGGUUCUAUCUAAAGGUUAUCGAACGGACGAGACAAUGAUCCCUCUGCUCGGAAGAAUAUCUUGGGCUUUGUGCGAUAAAUUGGAGAGAUUUCUCAAUGUGCACAAAUUGUUUGAUAAAUCAAACGAAGAGGUCCUUACACUAGCACGUUCAGGUCAGAAGAUAAUGGAAAUGUGGCACAUAUUGUAUAAGGAAACCCGACGUAAUAUCGAGAUGAGUGGGAAAGGUGCGCGCUGGGAAUUCGACCAGCCCCUUCUGUUCACACGCACUGACUAUAUCGGUACUGUUGCAAGAGACCUUGGAGACAUAGUUCAGGUACUAAUUGAUUUUGAGCGAAUAUUUGGAAAUGAGCUAAAGUCCAUAAUCAGUGAUCCCACUCAAAUCGACGAUGUCCGUAAACGCGUCGAAAAACUUGUGUAUCCCAUACGCACGAUAGAUUUCAGUGUAUUCGUAUUUGACAAUAAGGAGAACUGGGAUGUAAUUAUGGGUGACUUUUGGAAUGAAGUCAGGUAUUUAGAGGAGGAGGCCAAGAAUUAUAUCAACCAAAGCUUUAGCAAUUUGCGAUCAUCUGAAGAAGCAUUGGAUGUUCUGCUAAAAUUUUUGGAGUUCGAUAUAAGAGAAUCGAUCAGAAAGCAACUUGCCACAAAAUUUGAUUUCAUCAUGAGGCAAUUCAUCAAAGAAAUCACGGUGAUCGAAGACAAAUUUACUCGUUUCCGCAAAAAUCCACCUUUGCUGCGACACCAUCCCCCAGUCGCUGGUGCUAUCUACUGGGCAAGAGCACUUUUCAACAAGAUGAAACAGCCAAUUAUGAAAUUUCAGAAAGUUCCAGAACUGAACGAGUGUGAGCAAAAGAAGACAGCAUUUUUGCAGUACAAAGCGUUCUCUAAAGUGAUCAAAGAGUACGAAGAAACCAAAUAUAAAGAUUGGUUGCAAGAUGCUUCAGACUUCGUCGAUAAUAUGAUGAAGAAGAACAUACUGCAUGUCGUAUUCGUCAAAGAGGAAGAUCUGGCACCUACAAAGACUCCUGGGAUGCAGUUAACUGCAGCAGGUCGAGCUCAUGUUGCCAAGAAAAAAGCCUCCGAUACAUCUAUUAGACCUGUUGAUAUUGUAAACAAAGAAAUUGCCCAGAAAAGGAAAAGAGAUAAAGCUUUAAUGCUGAUGAGAAUUCCAGGGCAACACUAUCAAAAUGUUAAAUCACCAAGUUCGACAUCACUUUUAGCAAAGGAGGGAUUGACGCAUGUAACUUGGCGUGAUAUGACGGUCCAUAAACUGAUGCAAGAGUAUGAUUUGGAGUUUCAGCCCAAUUUCGACAAACACAUUUUCCAAAUUAUACAGGAAGCUGAACUGAUGGAGAAAUUAGGAUUUCAUCUACCAUCCAAUAUCAGAGAUUACUCAAUGCAAAAAUCUCGCCUUUACUACCAACUUGAAUCUCUAGCAAGCGUUAUAACUAAAUACAAUAAUCUAAAUAAGUCUUUGAGUCCCUCUGAAACACACCUGAUGAAGAAGCAUCUACUUGAUAUGGAGAGGCACAUACUGCCAGGCCUUACUAGUAUAACGUGGACGGCUUUGGGAAUUAAUGAAUACAUAAAGGACAUUACUAAAGGUGAAAACUCUUUGAAAGCUGUUUACCAACAAUUGAAAAUGGUUGAAAAGGAAAUCCAGUCCUUGCUUGAUCAGAUAGCAGAGUUCGACUUGUUUCCACUCGUCCGACCGAAAAACUACGCUGAUCCUGUAUCUGGAGAGCCAGAUGAUACCUGGCUUUAUCCCUGUAAGACUUACUUCGUUGAAGUUGAAAACGAACGGCUGGACCGCGUGGCGAUGCUCUCCCGCCUGUACGAUCGUAUUGGACCCAACCUGAUGAAGCUGGAGUAUCUGAUCCUGGGCACCAGCACUGGACGAUCAGCUGUCAUGUCCUCUUACUACACCUUCUGGGAGAAGAAAAUUUUUAAAUGUCUUGUGACAUUGACCUUAGAAAACCUUCAAGACUUUCAAUUAGCGCUAAGCGAAAAAACGCCUCUCUUCCAAGUCGACACUGUGUUGGUACCACCUGAUAUCACCAUGCGCCCAACGCCUGCAGAAGUCUGCAAUAUCCUGGGAUAUAAUAUCAAACAUUUCCUCAAUAGGUUAACCACAUUUACUCGUUGGAUGAAGAAAACGUGUCUUCCAUGUCCGCCGCAAAAGGUAGCUGAAACUACUGGGAAUGAAUUCUACGUGUUUUCCUAUUUCGAGGACGUACUGCGAGUGGUUCCAGUCAAUGACGUUACGCUCCUGAUACAAGAUACUAUUUACAGACUUACUCAAGACAUAAAUGUCUACAUUCAAAAAUGGCAAAAGUAUCAGCAUCUUUGGGCGUUCGACAAAAAUCUCUCCUGCGAAAAGUAUAUUCAAAAACAUGAGCAAAUACAGAAGUAUGAUGAGAAAUUCUUCUUUUUUGAGGAUAUCAUAGCAGAUUUAAAUAACCACGUGAAAUUUGUUGACAUUGGUGCUAUAAGAGUGAACUUACGUCCUAUCAUUCAACAAGUGCAAGCGCAUGCGCAAGAGUGGAAAAAUAUACUUGGCCAAUGUAUCGCCUCGAAGACCAGGAUGAAUAUGUAUGAUUUGAAAAAUCAAAUUGAGUCUCUUCGUACAACAAUGAACAUGAAUAUCAAAGGGCUCGAGGACUUCAAACUGGUGAUGGCAACAAUCACCCUCGUCCAACAAAUGACGAUAACCGCUGAAGUUAAAUACAAGAACAUGCAAGAAAUAUUUCACAUGUUACGACAACAUGGUAUUGAGGUGCAAGAUGAUGAUUUAACAUUUGCCAAAAACCUAGAAUCAUCCUGGGGCAGUUUGUAUCAGACUUCACUGUUCCGUGGCAAUACUUUGGAGCAAACUAAAGAGAAGUUCUCCAAGAUGAACGUCGUAGAAAUAUCCACGUUCCUUAAAGAGUUGGAUGAAUUCGUGGAGAAGUUUGAUCGUGAAGGACCUGGUACAGUUGGAGAAGAUUUGGAUAGAGGACUACUGUUAAUGGAGGAAUAUACCAAGUACUUUGAUGAACUGGAAUCAAGGAAGAGAACACUUCAGCAAGCAGAACAACUCUUCGACAAUCCUCUCGCGGAUUUCUCUACGUUCAACCGAGCGAAGUCUGACUUCCAAGCCAUGGAUCAGAUUUACAAAAUUUACAAGGCACAAAAGAACGCCAGGGAGCUAUGGGCUAGGACUUUGUGGGUCAAUUUAAAUCCACAGGCUCUGGUUGACGGUAUUGAGCAGUUCUUCAAAGAAUAUAGGAAGCUAGCGAAAAACGUUCGUCUCACUCCUGUUGGUGUGAUGUUAGAUACGAAAAUGAAACAGUUCAAGAAUGUAGUUCCACUUAUGGUGUCACUCAAGAACGAAGCAAUGCGUGAACGUCACUGGAAGGAGCUAAUGGAAAAAACUGGUCAAACAUUCGAUAUGUCAGCGGACAGAUUUACGUUAGAGAACAUGUUUGCUAUGGAGCUGCACAAGUAUCAGGAUGUUGCUGAAGAAAUCGUCAACCAUGCAAUAAAGGAAUUAGCGAUCGAGCGCGGCGUACGAGACGUCCAAGAGACGUGGGCGAACAUCGCAUUCACGGUGACGAAGCACUUCAACCGUGGCGAGGACCGUGGCUACACGCUCAACCCAUGCGACGAGAUCAUCGUGAAGGUGGACGACGACGCUAUGGCUCUGCAGAGCAUGGCAGCUUCGCAGUUUAUCGGGCCAUUCCUGACAGUAGUACAAACUUGGGAACGACGUCUUUCUCUAAUAUCGGAGGUGAUCGAGGAAUGGUUGGCAACGCAGAGGAAAUGGCUUUAUCUCGAAGGAAUUUUCGUUGGAGGCGACAUCCGCACUCAGUUGCCUGAAGAGGCUAAGAAAUUUGAUGAUAUUGACAAGGCAUUUAGAAAGAUAAUGAUAGACACUGCCAAACGGCUUAUUGUAGUUGAUUGCUGCACAAUAAGCGGUAGAUUAGAAGAAUUAGUUAAUUUGGGAUUGGGCCUGCAGAAGUGUCAAAAGUCGCUCAAUGAUUAUUUAGAUUCAAAAAGACGAAUUUUCCCGAGGUUUUUCUUCAUAUCAACAGAUGAACUAUUGUCCAUACUUGGUAGCAGUGAAUGUAGUUGCGUACAAGAGCAUAUGAUUAAGAUGUUUGACAAUAUUCGAGCCUUAGACUUGUACGUGGAUCAUACGAAUCGCCCUGUUGCAGCUAAAAUGAUAUCAGCAGAAGGAGAGAUAAUGGAUUUUCGCAACGUAGUAUACACAGAAGGAAGGGUAGAAGACUGGAUGAAUUUAGUUCUUAUUGAAAUGCGGAACACAAACAAAUUUAUCACCAAAUCAGCCAUCUUCUAUUAUGGCAAGAAUUGGAGAACACCCAGGACGGAAUGGAUAAUGGAGUACCAAGGAAUGGUGUGUCUUGCUGCUAACGGUGUUUGGUGGACUGCUGAGACGGAGGAGACCUUCGUAAGGAUCAGGAAUGGUAACAAACGGGCAAUGAAGGAGCAUUUGCAGCAGCAGAAUGAGCAGCUGGAUGCACUUGUUGUUAAAGUUAGACAAGAUUUAAGUUCGAAUGAUCGUCUCAAGUUCCGAACUAUCACGACCAUAGACGUCCACGCACGAGAUAUUAUAGAAGGCUUUGUUCGCGACAACGUUACCGAAGCCGCCGAGUUUGAAUGGGAGAGUCAACUUCGAUUUUAUUGGCAGAAGGAAGAUGACAACCUUUGGUUAAAACAGUGUACAGGAUUGUUUGAAUAUGGAUACGAGUAUAUGGGUCUGAACGGUCGUCUAGUGAUCACACCACUAACUGAUCGCAUAUACCUCACCAUUACACAGGCUCUUACCAUGCAACUUGGUGCAGCUCCUGCAGGUCCUGCUGGUACCGGCAAGACGGAAACAACAAAAGACCUAGCAAAAGCCUUAGGUUUACUGUGUGUGGUAACGAAUUGUGGUGAAGGCAUGGACUUUAGAGCCGUUGGUCAGAUUCUAGCAGGCUUGUGCCAGUGCGGAGCGUGGGGUUGUUUCGACGAGUUCAACCGGAUCGAUAUAUCUGUUCUAUCAGUCAUCUCAAGUCAAUUGCAAUGCAUACGAAGCGCGUUGCUCAUGAAAUUGAAACGAUUUACCUUUGAAGGUCAAGAGAUCGCCAUGGACAGUAAAGUGGGCAUCUUCAUUACUAUGAACCCUGGGUACGCUGGUCGGACGGAACUGCCCGAAUCCGUCAAGGCACUGUUUCGUCCCGUCGUCUGCAUCCUUCCGGACUUGGAAAUGAUCUGUCAGAUAUCUCUGUUUUCUGAUGGGUUUCUGACAGCUAAGAUUUUAGCCAAGAAAAUGACAGUUCUAUACAAAGUUGCUCGUGAACAACUGUCAAAACAGUCUCACUACGACUGGGGACUGCGUGCUUUGACAGCUGUGCUGAGAAUGGCGGGGAAGCUGAGGAGAGACUCCCCUGGGUUAAGCGAAAUUAUGGUGCUAAUGAGAGCCUUAAGGGAUAUGAAUCACCCAAAGUUUGUUUUUGAGGAUGUACCACUAUUUCUGGGUCUCAUCAAGGAUCUCUUCCCGGGACUGGAGUGUCCGCGUGUUGGAUAUCCAGAUUUUAAUGCGGAAGUCAUUGAUGUAUUGGAAAAGGAUGGAUAUAUUGUUCUUGCUCAUCAGGUGGAUAAAAUAGUACAGUUGUACGAGACUAUGAUGACGAGACAUUGCACCAUGCUGGUAGGACCUACAGGAGGCGGAAAGACGGUUAUUAUUAAGACCCUGGUGAAGGCGCAGACAAAUCUUGGGCUUCGCACUAAGCUCACUAUCUUGAACCCUAAGGCAUGUUCAGUAAUAGAGUUGUAUGGCAUACUUGAUCCUGUUACUCGAGAUUGGACCGACGGACUCUAUUCCAAAAUAUUCCGGGAAAUGAACAGACCUGCAGAGAAAGAUGAGCGUCGGUACUCCCUGUUCGAUGGUGACGUGGAUGCCCUUUGGAUCGAGAACAUGAACUCCGUAAUGGAUGACAACAAACUGCUGACCCUGGCUAAUGGAGAACGGAUCCGCUUGGCACCAUACUGCGCCUUGCUGUUCGAGGUUGGAGACCUCAACUAUGCCUCGCCAGCUACUGUAUCGAGAGCGGGCAUGGUCUUCGUGGAUCCGAAGAAUCUUGGUUACCAGCCGUACUGGGAUAGAUGGAUUCGGGGACGGAACAAUGAGGAAGAACGCGAGCAGCUGGCGGGGCUGUUCGACCAUUACGUACCGGGCGCUAUCAACUACAUCGUGUUCGGCAUGUUCGGGCUCCAGCAGCAAACGCCACUGAAGACCAUCGUGCCACAGACUCCACUCAAUUUGGUGAUGCAAUUGUGCUACAUGAUCAGUGGUCUUCUGCCAAACAGGGAGGACAGCAAUGAAGAAAUUGACAGAACUGUUGUCGAGUGCGUGUUUAUGGUUUCAAUGUACAACAGUCUGGGAGCAGCUAUUAUUGAUGACGGAAGGUUCGACUUCGACACCUACAUAAAGAAAGCCUGCCCGAUGAUGCUCGUUGAGGAUACGCCAGAAAAGAAGGCUACUACUAAACACUUCCCCAUGGGUUUCCCGUCUCUAUACGACUACUGUCUUGAACUCACCACGAAAACCUGGGAAGCGUGGGAGUGGUUGAUACCUGAAUACAUCCACGAUAGAGAGGCGAAGUUCUCUGCGAUCCUGGUUCCUACUGUCGACACACUGAGAAUGACUUGGCUUAUCAAAAUCAUGGAAAGUGUAGAAAGACCAGUCUUACUGGUCGGUGAAACUGGUACAUCCAAGACCGCAAUCAUCAAUAACUAUCUACGUGGGCUACCACCGGAAAAAUACAUAAUUCAGCAGAUGAACUUUUCAUCUCGCACUUCCUCCAUGGACGUCCAGCGGAACCUGGAGUCGGUGGUGGAGAAACGGACCAAGGACACGUUUGGCCCUCCCGUUGGCAAGAAGAUGCUUGUGUUUAUAGAUGACAUGAAUAUGCCUAUAGUUGACACAUACGGAACACAGCAACCAAUAGCAUUACUGAAACUGCUGUUUGAAAGAAAAGGCUUCUACGAUAGAGGCAAGGACCUCAACUGGAAGUACUUGAAGGACAUAGGGUUCCUUGCUGCUAUGGGCAAAGCUGGUGGUGGAAGAAAUGAUGUGGAUCCGCGGUUCAUUUCCAUGUUCUCGGUGUACAAUCUGCAAUUCCCGUCGGAAGUUACGUUGAACCACAUCUACAUGUCCAUACUGAAGGGACACUUUUCCAUAUUCCCCGACGAGAUACAGGGUAUUGUCGACAAAAUUGUACAAAUGACGCUCGACUUGUACAAGAUUAUCAUCGUAGAACUGCCGCCGACGCCUGCAAAAUUCCACUACAUCUUCAACCUUCGGGACCUCUCACGGAUAGCUGCGGGCAUGUGCCUGACGCAUCCGAACUUCUUCAGCGAGAAGCGAUGUGUUGUUCGGUGUUGGAGGAACGAAUUCACAAGGGUCAUAUGCGAUAGACUUAUCAGUGUGGCGGAUAAUGAACUGAUGCGCGGUCACAUACAAGAACACGUUGUCAAAUACUUCCCCGAAGAAGAACCCGUAGUUCUAGAAGAAAUAGUAAUCCCUGAAGAAGAAGAAAAAGUCGAAGAAGAAGAAGAUGAAUUUAUGACGACUGAACCAAAACCAGCGAAACAAGCGCCUAUCGAAGAGCAAGAAGAGGAAACAGAAGAACAUGAAGAGGAAGCAGAACGGAUAUUAACGCUGGAGGAAUAUGUCCUACGAGAUCCACUUCUAUUUGGUGACUAUCGUAAUGCUCUUGAUGAAGAGGAGAUACGAUACUACGAAGAUUUGCUCGACUAUGAAGCGGUUUAUUUCCUAUUCCAAGAGAUACUAGACGAAUACAACGAGCGUUGCGGCAAAAUGUCGGUGGUCCUGUUCGAAGACUGCCUCGAACACUUGACCCGCACGCACCGCAUUUUGCGCAUGGACCGAGGCAAUGCAAUGAUCAUCGGCGUUGGUGGCUCGGGGAAGAAGUCCAUCUGUCGCCUUGCUGCUUUUGCUGCUGGUUAUGAGGUGUUCGAAAUAACAGUGACGCGCAACUACAAUGAGAACACAUUCAAGGACGAUAUGAAAAAGUUGUACAAUCAGCUCGGAGUCGAUGGAAAGCCUACCGUCUUUCUGUUCACUGCUGCACAGAUCGUAGAGGAAGGGUUUCUGGAGUUCAUCAACAAUAUUCUCAUGAUUGGCAUGAUACCCGCCUUGUUUGGAGAUGAUGAGAAGGAUGCCAUCAUCAACACUGUACGAAACGAGAGCCAAGAAGCUGGUUACGGUAUUGGAAAGGACGCAGUCUGGCACUACUUUUGUACCAAAUGUGCUGAUAAUCUGCAUGUCGUGUUAUCCAUGUCGCCCAGUGGUGACAUAUUGAGGAAUAGAUGCCGCAGUUUUCCUGGAUUGGUAAAUAAUACGACAAUCGACUGGCAGUUUCCGUGGCCGAAGCAAGCUUUGCUCGCCGUUGCUAAUGUUUUCCUUGCAGAUGUACAAAAAAUCCCUGAAGAGUUCCGUUCGAUCAUAGUAGAGCAUGUGGUGCAUGUUCACAUGUCGGUAGCGCACUACUCCGCCGAUUUCCUUCUGCGCCUGCGCCGCAACAACUACGUUACACCCAAGCACUAUAUGGACUUCCUUACUAACUACAUCUCAUUGCUGAACGAAAAGGACGCUUUUAUUGUAGCCCAGUGCGAGCGUUUGAUUGGUGGACUAGCAAAGAUUGAAGAAGCCAAUGUUCAAUUAGAAGAUCUAAAUGCUAAGUUAGCUGUUCAAAAAGUUAUUGUUGCAGAACAAACCAAGGAAUGCGAAAUUUUACUCAAAGAGAUUUCAACAGCCACGGAAGCAGCAGUUGCUAAGCAGAAUGUCGCAGCAAUCAAAAGUGUAGAAAUAACAGAACAAAGUAAAGUUAUAGCUGAGGAAAAGUCGGAAGCUGAAGAGGCUCUAUCUGCAGCACUACCAGCACUCGAAGCUGCCAGACUAGCUCUAUCGGACUUAGAUAAGAACGACAUUACAGAAAUUAGAUCUUUUGCGACCCCACCUGAGGCUGUGCAGGUUGUUUGCGAAUGCGUUGUAAUAAUUCGAGGCAUAAAAGAUGUCAGUUGGAAAGGCGCUAAGGGAAUGAUGGCGGAUCCAAACUUUUUGAGAAACUUGCAAGAAAUGAAUUGCGACCUCAUCACACAAGCACAAGUAAAGGCAGUGAAGGCACAUAUGAAAAAAAGCAAGAAACUUGAAACAAUGCAGCAGAUUAGUAAAGCUGGUUACGGUCUGUUGAAAUUCGUUACUGCUGUGCUAGGCUACUGUGCAGUAUACAAAGAAGUAAAACCCAAAAAGGACAAGGUAGAGGCUCUAGAAAAAGAGUACACCGAAGCAGUCAACUAUUUGGCUUCCCUUAACCGAGAGAUCGAUCGCUUACAACGAACUUUAGAUGGGCUUAAUAAUAGAUAUGAAACUGCCAUGUUAAGAAGACAGGAGUUGCAAGAAGAGACAGAUAUUAUGAUGCGAAGAUUGGUAGCAGCUGACAAACUCAUGUCUGGUUUGUCAAGUGAACAGAAACGCUGGACAAUAGAUUUGGCCGCGUUAUACGUUGAACAGUCCCGUCUGAUUGGAAAUUGCUUGUUGUCAGCAUCGUUCUUGAGCUACACUGGUCCAUUCUCGUUUUCAUUCCGACAAACGAUGUUGUAUGAGGAUUGGAUGGGAGAUGUUCUAGAAAAGGGAAUCCCUCUUACUACACCGUAUACUGUUGAAAAAAAUUUGACUAAUGAAGUUGAAAUUAGUGGCUGGAAUUCGGAGGGAUUGCCACCAGAUGAGCUAUCCGUACAGAACGGAAUUCUCACAGUAAGGGCAUCACGAUUUCCGCUUUGCAUCGACCCGCAAACACAAGCCCUCAAUUGGAUUAAAAAGAAGGAAGCUAAAAACAACCUCAAGGUACUUUCAUUCAACGAUCCGCAAUUUCUGCGACAUUUAGAAAUGGCGAUUAAAUAUGGAAUGCCGGUUUUGUUUCAAGAUGUUAAUGAGUACAUUGAUCCAGUUGUGGAUAACGUUUUGGAGAAAAAUAUUAAAGUGGAAAGCGGUCGGACGUUUGUGAUGCUGGGCAGUAAUGAGGUAGACUACGAUCCACACUUUCGAAUGUACCUUACUACAAAACUCGCCAACCCACAGUUUAACCCAGCUGCCUAUGCUAAAGCUGUUGUCAUAAACUAUACUGUGACAGUACAGGGCUUAGAAGACCAGCUGUUGAGCGUUGUGGUACGCGCGGAACGAUCAGAUCUAGAAGAACAACGAGAGAGUCUCAUCAUAGAGACAAGUGCUAACAAGAGUCUCCUCUCAGGAUUAGAAGACUCCUUGCUGAGAGAAUUAGCAACAUCUACGGGCAAUAUGCUGGAUAACGUAGAACUCGUUGAUACGUUGGAGAACACAAAAUCUAAGGCAGCUGAAGUUAUGGAAAAACUUGAACUAGCAGAAGCGACUACGAAAGACAUUGAGAUACUUCGAGAUGGGUACCGGCCGGUCGCUAAACGAGGCUCCAUUCUAUUUUUUGUUCUAUCAGACAUGGCUAGCGUCAACACGAUGUAUCAGUAUUCGCUGUCUUCAUAUCUAGACGUGUUCUCGUUUUCUUUGCGCAAGGCGAUGCCAAAUGUAAUACUGACAAAACGAUUGAAGAAUAUAAUUGACAUGUUAACAAAAAAUGUCUAUGAUUACGGAUGCACAGGCAUUUUUGAGAGGCACAAGUUGCUGUUCUCGUUCCAAAUGGACAUAAAGCUGGAGCAAAGCGAAGGAAACGUAACACAAAUGCAGCUGGACUUCUUCAUUAAGGGAAACAUCUCUUUGGAGAAAGCGGCGAGGGCAUGCCCUGCUCCAUGGUUACCCGCACAGGGUUGGCAAGACAUUGUCAAACUUAGUGCAGAUUUUCCUGAGAGUUUCGCCAAUUUAGUCGAAGAUAUCAGUAGAAAUCUGGAUGCUUGGCAGGAGUGGUUUGACAGCGACAGUCCCGAAGCCUCCGAGAUUCCAAACGGAUAUCGAGAAAAAUUGACCCCUUUCGAAAAUCUGAUGCUGCUCCGAUGUUUCCGUGUGGACCGCAUUUACCGAGCAUUGACAGAUUAUAUCACCGUAACAAUGGGGGAGGAGUACAUAACACCACCUGUCAUCAGCCUCGACAUGAUAUACGAACAAACCACGCCUUACACACCUGUGGUUUUCAUUCUAAGUCCUGGGUCUGAUCCCACUUCUGAUCUGAUGAAGUUGGGAGACAAAUACGGUUUUUGUGGCGGGAAAUUUAAAUACCUAUCCCUUGGUCAAGGACAAGAAGGGGCUGCUCUUGCUUUACUAGAAGGCGCGAUUUCUCACGGGCAAUGGUUAAUCUUGCAAAACUGUCACCUGCUUGUGUCGUUUUUGCGUGAAUUGGAGAAACAGCUUGAGAUGAUGGAAAAACCUCAUCCCGAAUACCGCCUUUGGCUGACUACGGACCCUACUCCCACUUUUCCAAUUGGCAUACUUCAGAGAUCUCUCAAGGUGGUCACAGAACCGCCAAACGGAUUGAAAUUAAACCUACGCAAUACUUAUUUCAAGAUGCGUGCACAUGCACUGGACGAAUGCAAACAUCCGCAAUUUAAGAAAUUGGUCUACGUCUUAGCAUUUUUUCACGCUGUUGUGCAGGAACGACGCAAAUACGACAAGAUUGGCUGGAACAUAUCGUACGACUUUAGCGAGUCCGACUUUGUCGUAUGCAUGCAGAUACUGCAGUGCUACCUCGACAGGUGCUACACAGCUAAAGGUCCUGUGCCGUGGGCCACGCUCAAGUAUUUGUUUGGUGAAGUAAUGUAUGGCGGUCGAGUGAUCGACGAUUUCGACAGAAGAGUUGUCAAAACUUACAUGGACGAAUAUUUGGGAGAGUUCCUGUUUGAUAAGUUCCAGCCUUUCCAUUUCUACAAAGACUCCACAUUUGAUUACGUAAUGCCACCAGAUGGCGAACGUGAAGAAUAUAUUGAUUUCAUCGAUAUAUUGCCAUUGGCGAAUACGCCCGAGGUGUUUGGACUGCACCCAAAUGCAGAGAUUGGAUACUUCAGCCAGGCCGUGCGAGAAAUGUGGGGACACCUCAUCGAGUUACAGCCUCAAACAAGUGAAGGCGGUGGUGCAAUGAGUAGAGAAGAAUUCAUAGACAUGACCGCCGUGGACAUCAUGUCAAAGCUUCCACCGGUUUACGAGGUCUGGCGCGUACGGAAGCAGUUUGAGAUGAACAUUACUCCCAGCAUUGUUGUUCUGCUGCAGGAGCUGGAGAGGUUCAACCGUCUGAUAAGCAAGUUACGGGUGACUCUCUCUCAACUACGCAAGGCGUUGGCUGGUGAGAUUGGCAUGGACGCGGUGUUGGACAACGUCUCCUACAGCCUGUUCAAUGGACAGUUGCCGAAUGUGUGGCGCAGCCUCGCUCCAGAUACGCGCAAAGGGCUCGGCGGAUGGAUUGACCACUUUAUGGCGAGGACCAAGCAGUAUACUGACUGGGCAACAAUAGAAGAACCGGUAGUGAUCUGGUUGUCAGGACUCCACAUCCCGGAGUCGUACCUGAUCGCACACAUUCAGAUGGCUUGUCGAAUGUACACGUGGCCGUUAGAUCGCUCCACGCAGUUCACGCGAGUCACCAAGUUCACAUCUCCUGAUGAUAUCGAAGAGCGGCCUGUUACUGGCUGUUAUGUCCGUGGACUUUAUUUAGAAGGAGCACGCUGGGACUUAGAAGACGGCUGCCUGAGAAGAUCACACCCCAAAGUUUUAAUCACCGAGUUACCUAUUAUGUACAUCAUACCCAUUGAAGCCCAUAAGCUGAAAUUACAGAAUACUCUGCGUACUCCGGUAUACACGACAUCGAUGCGUCGUAAUGCUAUGGGCGUUGGUCUUGUAUUUGAAUCAGAUCUAUGGACAGCAGAGCAUAUCAGUCAUUGGGUCCUACAAGGAGUCUGCCUUGUGAUGAAUACUGACUAAAGGUCUAAAGUAGCCAAGAGAAUAGAAGACUGAUUUAUCAAUUAAGUUUUGAGAAGUACAGUGUGAUUACACUGAGAUUGGUUUGAUAUUAAGUUAUAAAAUGUGUAAGAGAAUUUAAGUACAAUUCAUUUCGUUUAUUUUCCUCCCAAGAUGUCAUUAGAUCUAAGUUACUUUAAACAAUA